AUGUUGGAAGAAUUGCGUGAAUUGGGAUUCAGCUGGAUUAAGAUUAAAGAAAUGCUGGGUGUUUCAAGAUGGACGAUUCACAGGAGAGUAGAACAAUAUGGUUUUUAAAAUAUGACAGGAUUUCAUCAUCUGCCUGAUGAGGAACUAGACGAGAUCGUGAGAGGCUUCAUUUCCGACCAUGGACGAACUACUGGACAGGGCUAUGUUGAAGGUUACAUAAAAACACUUGGCUUAAGAAUUCAAAGAAAAAGGUUAAGAGAAAGCAUGGCAAGAGUAGAUCCACAGAAUACUUCACUUCGAUGGGGUGUUGUUGUUUCACGUAGGACUUAUCAAGUACCGUGGCCGAACUCCCUGUGGCACUUAUAUGGACAUCAUGCUUUGAUACGCUGGAACAUUGUUGUUCACGGAGGCAUAGAUGGCUUUUCAAGAAGAAUAAUAACGAGCGUAAGAUCCGACGAUGGCAGACACCUAGGACGGCAGACUCGGUCAAGGGGGCUUGGGGAAAGGUUGCCGUUCCAAUGGCGCAAAAAGUAGCCUUAAGAUAGCGCGCGCGACGGCGGCUGUAGUGGCUUUCCUCUUUGAAGUUUAGGAAAAGCGAUGGCUACCUUUAGAAAGGCUCGUGAAUUGUUGAUCGCAAGUCUCGAUGAUGGCGACAUUUCAGAAGAUGAAUUUUUACUGUUAUAUGAUGCCAACAUUUCAAAGAAUCUCGAUUAUCCUUGCCAGAAUUAUGAAGAUUUUGACCUGGAAGGACUCGGGGAAAGUGAGUGCUUGGCAGAAUUUCAUUUCCAAAAAGGGACAUACCAAUUCUCGCAGACGUAAAGGGGCUGCUUGAUUCGUAUUGAUGUGAACAAGGGACUGUAUGCGAUGGAAUUGAAGGCCUUUGUCUUUUGUUAAGAAGAUUAGCGUACCCUUAUAGGUACGGUGACCUAAUCCAUCGUUUUGGCCGCCCACUACCAGAAAUUUGUAUGAUCGCUAAUUAUGUAAUGGAAACUGUGUACAGCUUACAUCAUCACCAUCUGACAGCAUGGAACCACACCUUAAUGGGCCCCCCUCUACUUCAGAGAUAUGCUGAUGCCAUACAAAGGAAAGGAAGUCCCCUGCCAAAUUGCUUUGGCUUCAUAGAUGGUACAGUAAGACCCAUUUGCCGACCACAAGAAAACCAAGGAAUUGUGUACAACGGACACAAAAGAGUCCACGGAUUGAAAUACCAAUCUGUUGCAUUGCCCUGUGGUAUAAUAGCCAACAUGUAUAGGCCAGUAAGUAAUGGAAAUUAUUCCUUUCAAGUUUUAGCAGGAGCCCAAGUAAUGGGCUCCUGGUUUUAGUCACAUUAGAACCAUCUGUCACACGAUAAAUCCAAACAGAAUGAUAAAUAGGUGAAAGCAGUUUUUAGCGUGAAACAUAUCAAAUAGUAUAAAUAAAAUAUACAUUUUUUUUAAAUUACAGAACACAAUUUUCAAUCAAAAUGUGCAUUUUCUUCCAGAGGGCCACAACCAUGAUGCUGGAAUGUUAGCUGAUUCUGGCCUUCUGCAAGUCCUUGAACACCAUGCUUUUUUGCCGACUGGUAACCCCAUGGCCUUAUAUGGUGACCCUGCUUACCCAUUAAGAGUUCACCUUGUUGUGCCAUAUCGCACGGCAGGUAUCACUCCUCAGAUGGAAUAGUUUAACAAGUCCAUGAGCAGUGUCCACAUUUCAGUAGAGUGGCUUUUUGGGGAUAUUGUUAACUAUUUUAAAUUUGCUGAUUUUAAGAAAACUCAAAAGAUAUCAUUGAGUGCGUUGGGAAAGAUGUAUAUUGUAUGUGCAAUUUUAAGGAGUGCCAUGACUUGUUUGAAUGGCAAUUUCACAUCAAAUUUCUCUGACAUUGACCCACCAACCCUUCAGGAUUAUUUUUCCUAACAAUUAAAACUAUUUGUACCCUGGAAUGAAUUUCAAUGAUAAAUUCAUGUGAAAUACACAAUUAGUCAAUAAGAUGUAACAGUGUAUGUCUGCAACCUGCCAAUAAACUACUGUUUAAAGUUUUGGUAUUUAUUCUUUAGUAUUUGUAGUCAGGUCAACUGAUGUAUAACAACAACUAUAAUUAAUGUAAGAAGGGUUCAGAAUCCAUUUCAGAGGGUACAAGGUAUAAUAACACCAGGGUGAGAGCAAAGGAGAAUGGGGAGCUUCCCAAAAAAUGCACAGAGAAUGUUCCAAAAUUGCAACAGACCCUUCCCCCCCCCCGUCAAUCCUCUCUAAUCAUACAAAAACGUAGUCAAAAGGCCUUAAAAUUUGAACAAAACAACAGCAUUUAACGCAUUCAGUUACUCAAUGUUUUUCUAAAAGUCUCAAAAUGAUUUGUGACUGCUGUUGUUUCACGGCAACAAACAUCUGUUGAAACUGUUGCAUUUGAUUCUGUUGCUGCUGGACUUGCUGGGCCAUCAUUUGCAUCAUUUCUUGAUGUUGCUUUUGAGACUCAUUUUGCUUUCUUCUCUCUAUGUCCAGGCGCUGCAUGUGCAAUUCCAACUUUUCAGCUUUCCAUUUCUGAACCAUAUCAUUCUUCUCACGCAGAUACGCCACUGUGUCCCCACCACUCCUCCUUGUGACUUUUCGCUUAGGUUGUGCAUUCUCUACAUCCUCGACUUCAUCACCAUCCUUCCUUUUCUGUGUUGAACGCAUGCUCUCCAUUGCUCUAUUCCGCAUCUCGACAGCUUUGGCACUAUUCUCUUUUUUAUUGUCAACUUCCAGACUAUUUUCAGCAUCAGCCUCCUUUUCCAGUAUUUCCUCCAAAGCUUUCUCAACAUCAUUCAUGUCAGUCUCAAUGCCACUAGCCUUUUUCUCUUCUUGUAACUUUUUCUUUAAUUUUUCAAUGAGUAGUGUGUAAUGCUCUCUCACUGAGCGCUUGUUAACUUUAAGUCUUGGAAUUUUCAAGGAGUUGAGAUUACUGGCAAUUUUUUCCCAGAUCUGCCCUCUUGCGAUACUUCCCUUUUUAGCUUUAAAGGGUUCUCGAGCCAGAAUUUCUUGAAAGAGAGAGUGGUCAUGAUCAUCUGUUCACUCCAUGUUAGAUCUACAUUUUAAGAAAAUAUAAUAUAGAUAUUUAAUAAUCCUGGUGAGUCUGCUAACUAAGCUUCAAUUCCAACUACUUAGUUCAGUCCAGAACUCUCCAAAGUAAAUCAGAGCAGUCUUGUUUAUGUAUGUUGUGGUUAAAAUUUUUGUUUGCGAGUUUAAAAAUGCUCAAACCACGUUAAGUUUUUGUUUCCCUUUUUCUCAGGUUAUGGUAAUAGAUGCAAGAAAAAGGAUAAUAACAAUAAAAACAGAAUAAAGAAUGAAAACUGGUUUAAAACUUUUCAAAUUGACACUGGAAAAAUUUGAAUCACAACAUCGACAUGUAUGCAAAGCAGCAUAAUACAGGUAUAAACUUAUCAUUAUGAUAAAUGUUUAACCAAUUUCCGGCAGCAAAUUUUUCACGCUUAAUCUAGGACGUUUCUUUAUGGCUGAAAAAACAUUACUGAAACUGUUGAUUAUAAAAAUGUUCUCAGAUGAUCCUUGUUGUUGAACUCGAGAAAAGACAGAUUGAACAAUAUCAUGGCCAUCAAUUUAUGCACGAAGAAGGCUACGAAUUUUUAAUUGAAAUAAAGAAAUUAUUAAACUUACUGGGUUGCUUUCUUUGUUGACAUUGAGCCAGUACUAGUAACGAACUGUUUAUGAGAAAGGCAAACGAAUAAAGUUAAAAUUUCCUCGAACAAAUAGUUUAUUUUUGCUUGGCUAUCUCACAGACAUCCUCUCAACAAUAAACAGUCAAAAUUGCCAACAAUUUUCGCUCAAAGUAAGUUCAAACGGCGUUAUUUUGCUAAAGUUUACUCACGUUUUAGCCGCGACGGCAAAAUGGCCUCCUUCACGUUACAGACAAGGCCGCUACGGCGGGAAACCUCACAACAACGGCAGCCGGAAGUAAUUCUGGCGGUAACUUCACUUCCGCUUGCCGUCCCAGAUGUCUGCCGUUGUCGGAUCUUAAGCUCAUUAAUGUUUCUGAGA